CAGACCGAUGGUCAUUCGGAACUUCAACUUGGAUUAUAUCUUUGCUUGCUGACAGCCAUGGCUGCAUAUGUGAGCUGUAGAGAUGAAGGCGGAAGCGCCUUGAGACCCCUCAGCGGCGCCGAAGAAGGUGGUGGCUGGCGGGGAUUUGCAUGAGUGGAGCACCCGAAGGGCUCAAGGGCGACCUGUUCGAGGUGAACCAGGUCCUAAAGGCGUAUGCUCAGAGGAAGCAGUGGCGUCAGGCGUUGGGCCUGUUGAGCCGCUGUUUUAGCCCAGACAUCUACAGCCUCAACACGGUCAUCGCUGCAUGUGCCCGCAGCAAGCAGUGGGCGCUCUCUCUGGGCCUUCUCUGGGACAUGCCAAAGUCGUUCCAGUUGAGACAGGACGUGGUGAGUUUCAACUCAGUGAUGAGCUCGUUGCCUUGGCGGAUGUGCCUCACCUUGCUGGAAUGCAUGGAAGGUCUCGAGGUGGCGCCGGACGCAGUGACCUACAACAGCAUCAUGAAGAGCAACCCUCGGCACUUGGCAGGGCCCCUGCUGCAACGCAUGCGCGUACAGCAGGUCGCACCCAGCACGGUGACCUUCAACACGGCCAUGGAGUGUGACUGGCCAGGUGCCUUGCAGCUCUUGGAGGAGAUGAACGCCAGCAAGUUGCAGCCCAAUGUCAUCACGUUGAACACCUGCCUCAAGGUCACGAGUAACUGGUGCAAGAGCCUGGCUCUGCUGGAACAUUUGGAAAGCAGGCGCCUAGCUCCCGACGUGAUCUCUUUCAAUACUAUCCUGGCCCAGGGGCCGGUGCCAGCCUUAAUCCACACCGCGAUGGAGCGGCGCAGGAUCGAGCCAGAUUUGCACACCUGGACUUCCAGCAUCACAGCUGCAGGAACCUGGGAAGAAGCCUUGCUUUACCUUUCCCAUUCGAAAGAUCGGGACGUGGCUCUCAUGAACGCCGCCAUGACUGCUUGCGCUGAGGCAGGGGAAUGGGAGCGGGCUUUAGCGCUUCUCUUCUCGCUUCCUCAGUAUGGACUGACCGCCGACGUGGUGAGCUUCAAUGCGACGAUGGCCGCCUGUGAUCAAGGUCAUCAGUGGGACUUGGCGCUGGCUUUGCUCGAGCAGUUGCAGGACGCUCAGCUGCGGCCAACUGUCAUCAGUUUUAGCUCAGUGGCAAGCGCUUGUGAGCAAGCGAAACAGUGGCCAGAAGCCUUGGAGAUGCUGCUAUCCUUGAAACACACCUUCCUGCGUGCGGAUGACGUGGCCUUCAACACGGUGACGAGUGCUUGCACAAGUGGCCAGCAAUGGGCGCGAGCUUUGCAAGUGCUGAAGCUGAGAGAGGAGGAGGAACUGAUGCCCAGUUUGAUCUCUUGCAAUGCGGCCAUUACAGCCAUGUCCGUGGCCGCGGAUGUCUCCAGCGCGCAAGGUGUGCUUGGAAGGAUGUGCCUCCUGCGCUUGGUGCCCUCCUCUGUCACCUGGAAUUCCCUCCUGGCAGCCUGCUGCGCCAGCAAGGAUUGGCGUGCUGCUUUGCAAACGUUGCAAGCUUCGGCCAGGCUGCCAGCCUCGCCCAGCGAGCGCUUCGCAGCAAAGGCGCUGGUGGUGGAGUGCUUGGAAGGUCAAGCAGCAGAGAUGCGCUUCCAGUUGCAGGAGCUCCGAGAUGCCUUGCUGGGCGUGCUGGAAAACGGCACCAGGGACCGAGAACGGAACGACCUCAGCGACGCUCCGAGAUGGAGCUCUGGCUCUCGUUCUGCGAACGAACCCAAUGCCUCCCUGAUGUCGCCGUGUACCUUCCUGGACACUCGGUGUGGGCACAGCGAACAGCACCCUUCGUUUACGCCAUCCGUGUGUGACGUGAACGAUUUGAUGGUGCUGAGCCCGGCGGAGCAGCGGCAAGCAAGCCAACGCUUCUGGAACUUCUUGAUCACUGAUGAGAUAAGCCGUGAGAACUUUUCACAGCGGAACAUCCCACUCUUUAUGUUGCAGCCUGAGAUGGCCGAAGGUUAUCACGAGCACCUCAUGGCAGCAACUGAAGACACCUUUGCUAGCGAUCAGAAUGUGCAGCAUUUGCAAGUGCUGGUGCCCUUUUUGUCCGGAAUGCCGCUGGACGAUCGGGAGUCAAGAGAAGCGUUCGAGGAGCUGUCAUCUUUGGCCUUUUCCUUCCUCGAGUCUCACUACGCCGAGCCCUUGGCAUCCUACCGUCGCGCCCGCCAGCUGGCAGACCUGCGCUCGCCCGAGCGGUGGUUCGACCGCGGGGGGUCGCGCCGGUGGCAUUUGCACUUGGGAGUCACGAACAGUGGCAAGACUCAUCAUGCACUGCAGGAGUUGUUCGCCGCCCCAUCUGGGCUGUAUAUGGCUCCGUUGCGGCUGUUGGCUUGGGAGAUCUUCCAGAAGCUGCGCGCAGCGGGUGUGCGCUGUGCUUUGCUCACAGGGCAGGAGCGUUUGGGGCCCGACGAUGCCACUCAUGUGGCUUGCACCGUUGAGAUGGCGCCACUGACGAGACACUGGCAGGUGGCGGUUUUGGAUGAAGUUCAACUGGUCACCGAUGCCAAUCGUGGCUUCGCUUGGACCAGGGCCCUGUUGGGGGUCAACGCACGGCAGCUGCACCUCUGUGGUGCUCAUGAGCCCGCCACGCUUGAGAAUCUUUUGCAUGAUUUGGCAGCGUCUUGUGGUGACACCGUUCGCACGGUGGAACAUUUCAAGCAGCGGCUGGUACCGCUGCAGUUGCAAGAUGACCCCGUCGCGGACUUCUCAGCACUACAGGACGGUGACUGCCUGGUCUGCUUCACAAGGGCCGAGGUUCUGAAUGCCAAAGCUCAGCUCGAAGCAUUGGGCAAGCGGCCCUGUGUGGUCUACGGCUCGCUGCCACCGGAAGUGCGGCAAGAGCAGGCGUUACUGUUCAACGACCCCAACAGCGGUUACGACGUCCUGGUGGCCUCGGACGCCAUUGCCUUGGGAUUAAACCUGCAGAUUCGUCGGAUGUUGUUUCGCUCCACCUGGAAGUUCGACGGCUCGGAAUACCGGCAGCUCAGUGGCCCCGAGCUACGGCAGUUGGCCGGGCGAGCAGGGCGCUUUGGGCAGGGCUAUGGUCACGGCCUGGUGGCCUGCUGCAGAGGUGAUGACCUGGCAAUUCUCCGGGAAGCUCUUGAGGCGAAGCCACAAGGCGAUGAGAUGGCAAGGGCGGCGUUGCUGCCCUUACCGGAACAGCUGGAGCUCUUCGGACAGUGUUUGGAAGAAGACCUCCAACGAGGACCUCUUCCCUUCGCCUUGCUGGUGGAGCGCUUCCUAUCAAUUGCCGAUGUUUCGCCACGCUAUUUCUUGGCGCAAGCCAAGAGUUUGAUUGCCCUAGCGCACUUCUUGGAGGAGGUGAGCAUGCCUCAUCGGGAGAAGUUUGUCUUUUGCCAAGCGCCCGUCACGCUCAGCGACGUGGCGCCCUUGAGCGCGCUUCAGCACUUUGCGCGCGCCUAUGCGCUGCGGAAGACGGUGCCCUUCCCCUACGCCGUGGGCGACACGGAAGCCGUCACCACACGUCAGAUCUUAGAGCUGGAGGCUUUGCACAAAGUGUGUGAUGCCUACCUUUGGUUGGCCAGCCGCUUUCCGGACGCCUUUGUAGACGUGAAGCUGGCGGACCAGGCACGGGCCAUGGUCGCCCAGCGUAUUGGCCAAGCACUCCGGCGACCCCUGGGAGAGGAUAGUACCUUUGGAGAGGCGGAGAUGUGGAGACACGGGGGCGAAAGACUCCUGGAGUGACGUGCUGGGUGAUCCACACUCUUCACUUGCCUUCAGGACUCGUUCGGAAGACCAACAGAGCAAGGGUUCACAUAGACCUACCAGUGUCCAACUGCGGCCGCUCGGACUGACGCUCUCCUCCGCGCGGGUUGCACGGCGGCGGUCCAGACAAACGGACGCGGCUGACGGUGCGGCGAAGCCGUGGCACAUGGAGGUGGCACAUGGCGGACGUUGAGAUGCUUGCGAUGAUUCACCGCUUCAGAAGUAUUUGGAGCAUAUUGGACCUGCAAGUCUGACUCACCAGGCCAUCCUUGGCAAAAAAAGGCACAUCAUUUCGAUUGCCUGGCUGCUCCGGAUCGCAC